AUGGCAAAUGAAAAGGAUGAAAAGGAGAAAACUCAGGAAAAUGGAGAUUGUGAAAAGCAGUCCACGAAAUCUGUUAUUUACCCGAUCGAACCGUCAACUUUGUAUAUUGAUGACUUGAAGAAGAACAAAAAAGGUACACACCAGUUUCAGAUUCUUUUUAUAACAGUUAUUUUAGCUUAUGACAUCACAAUGGACGAUCUUCCUCCGAAGGAGCAAAACUCGAAGCCAAAGUUGGGAUUCUUAGAGCCAUACAAAAGGUUAUAUGCAUUUGCGGAUAAUGUCGACAUGCAGGUGGGUGAAAACUCAACAUACUACCACAGAUCAUAUAAUAUUUUCAGUUGAUGACCCUUGGUCUGUUCAGUGCCCUCCUUCAAUCCGCACUACCGCCAUUUGUUUGGCUUAUUAUGGGAAACUUUGUAUCUAUUUCAAUUCUUCGAGAAGUUAGUUUUUGCCAUUUCUCUUCUAAUUCAAUGAGAAAUGCAUAGGAAGGAAAACUGGGCUUAAAAAACAUCACAUCCGAUUACCCGAUCGACGACGAGUUCACUGCAUCAGCCACACCCGCAUUCGUUUCCAUGCUGGGACUGUCCAUAGCAAUGUUUAUUGCAGCGUUUACUCAGGUAACUUGUUCUGACCCAUUUUGUUUAUUUUAUUUACAAAUGCAUUCUAGCGAAUUGUAUGGGAGAUCUCGUCGAUCCGCCAAGUGUUCCGUAUCAAGAAAGCGUACAUUCGCAAACUUCUUCUCAUGGAUAUUUCGUGGUUGGAAUCGCGUCAAAGUGGACACGUAGCUGCAAUGUUGCAAGAGUAAGAGGCGGGGACAAACGAAAAGAAAAGAAAGAAAGAGUAAAGAACAAUUAGAUCUACGACAUUAAAAGGACGAUUAAAACCCUCUCGCAACGGAAUGAUAAUAAAUUUAGGUGGUCUUUGAGUGCAGAAGGGAUAGGAUAGGAUAGGAACAAAUAGGAUAAUAGUGAACGAUAUUCAGAUCCGCUGACUCAAUUUACAAUGGAAUUUCGGACCAUCUACCCAUGGUCGUCUUCAUUCUCUCGUACCUCCUCGUGAACAUCGGAGUAUGCCUUUAUAUUCAGUGGGAUGUCACCCUUUUCAUGUGCCUCGCAAUCCCUUUGCUUAUCUUAUCACGUAUUUUCUACAGUAAGGUGAGAGAUUGAUAAACGGCCGGAAACGGAAAUGAGGCGCGUUGAUUCAGUGGUUUGCAAAUACGAUGGAAGAGGAGACGAAGCUGCAGAAUAAGAUCACCAAUCUUGUCAAUGAAACGUUUAACUGCAUUGUGACGGUCAUCUCGUUUGCCGCCCAAAAACAAACAAUCAACAAGUAG